AUGGCUGCCCUUAUUCACGCCUGCGUCUUGCUCGUACUAUGUAUCAUCUGGCUAGAGAUAACUUACCCAUACAAUAUAAGAAACCACCCAUGCUGUCUGGAACCCAACGAAAAUUUGACAUUGGCAAUGAUAAUAGACGCAUUCGAAAUUUAUGGACACGACCCCACAGAUAAAUUGGAUAAUUUGUGGCUCUACCAAAAUGAGAUGAUGAGGAUCAAGACAGCUGAAGAUCAGUACUUAAUUAACGAGCGGGUCCACAUCGCGACUGACCAUUUAGGAAGAUUUAUAAAGUUGCAUAUUCAAGAAUUGAAGGUAUUACUAAUAACCCUUGACGAUGUAUUGGAUAAUAUGUUGACGAUGUAUGAGAACCAUAACUCAAUCGGAGCUGAGAGGAGAGCCACUUACACUGGUGGACCUGUUCCCACCGAAUUUUAUAUAAGUCAAGAAUACUACUGCGGCAAAAACGUGUAUUUAUUCCUAUCCGAACUGUAUAGUGACAUAUACAACAUUGGAAAAGGGAUAGCGCCAUACUGUAAAGACAGAUCCUUCGUGUUUCUUGGUUUCCUACAUUAUCAUGAUGAGCAAAAGUACUACCUCCUCGAUGACCCGAGCAUUUCCUUCCCGACAGACAAUUAUAUGCAUGGUUUGGAGUGUCACAUGGGCGUUUGUAUAUUUAGAUUUCCCUUUAAUAAGCUACUACAGCGGGAAAGAGACGUCUCAACUCUACCCAAGGCGAUAGUCAAAUGCGGUCUAAUAAUGUACAAAUUACCGCCACUCUCGGCCGCUGCGUGUAUCAUCGCUUCCGGUUCAUUUAUUUUGGAUUUUAAUAUUCAGGGUCUGAGAUACCGACAUUACGAUUUCUUACUGACAACCCCAAAUGGUAACACAUAUUAUACUAAGGAAGCGAAUACACCGCUUGUGUGCGACCAUCACGUGUGUGAGUGGAAUUACACUAAUCAUUAUGGAGGUCCAUUUUUAAUACCCGGUGAUCCGGGAACGGGCAUUGACGCCGUACCGCCCUACAUAGAACCCACGCCUAAACCAGAUGGCUUUGACGAAGAAAAUAUCACUGUUCCUUAUAUCCUAGAAGGAUGUUUGUUCAUGUACCCACCAAACUAUGGCUCUAUAGCUGGGAAGAGCUAUUUGGAUACUGUGGAUUUACACGAUGACAGAUUUACCUGCAACGCCGCAGGAGGCACUAAGGGUUUAUACUGGUACCCACAAUGGAUGGGUGCCAUGCCCCAUCAUCCAUAUUCCCCGCUAACAGAAGAGAAGGGUAGUUUCAACUCACCUGGCUCAUUCUACCCUCAUCAGAAUUAUGACAUGGAGGAUGAUACAGAUACCUAA